UGAACACAAAAUCCGUGGCGAACCACUGGAGUGAAUUAUUUUUAGUGAGCUGAACGUGGAUUGUGACAAUGAAAAAUUGAGGAAUAGUGUUUACAUUCAUUUUAUAAUUUAUUUUAAAGUUAUCUUUUUUAUCUCGAAAAAGGAGAGGCGUAUGAAAGUUUCUUUACACAGUGCAAACACAUAUAAAUUUCUAAUUAUGUAUAAUGUACCACAUAAGUUUCGUCAAGUUUGUCGAUUGUGCCUCACAUUGGUUAACGAGUGCGAUGUUGCAGAACUACAAAUUUACGAUGUUUUAUCGCAUAAUAGUGCCCAAGACAAAAAUUCGACCGAGUUCCGCAGAGACGAAAAGCGUGCUGGCUGCUUUUGCGGCGCCCCGAGCCCCAAUCUGUGCAGCUGCAUCGGUGAUAACUCGCUAUCAGUAUCCGUAGUGCUGACCAAUAACGAAACGGGUACGGGUCCAAGCCAUCCCAAAUCGCAGUCCCUUCUUUCCCUAAAUCAAACGCAUUACACACCAAGUGUGCCUUCUGCUGCGGACACAAAGUCGAGUGAACGCGAACGCCAAUGCCAAUUGGAGUCGGACAUCGCCGAAAGAUCAGUAUUCAAAAGUCAGUCAUCGUCAUCGUCGACGCAACAACAACACCAACAGCAACACCAACACCACGAAAACAUUGCAUGUGGGGAGGCCCAUUCCCAUUCCCAAUCCAAAUCGAAACUCCCGCGGGAAGAACGUCCAGUUCCAGUACAUAAUCAUAAUCAACGCGAAGACACAAGUGUGAAUAUAACAAAAAUAAGCGGAACCGAUAACUACGGCCAAGAGCACGGCAGAGAUGAUUCAUCACCACAUCUUACAUUUCAGAUAUUCAACUGUCUCUCUAUUAAGGUACUGCCGAACGAUGAAUUACCCAGCGUGAUUUGCGGUGACUGCAGACAAAAAUUGGAUUCGUUUGAAAAAUUUCGUACCAUGGCGCACAACUCACAAAAAGCUUUGAAAGAAUUUUUGAACUUAUCAAAAAAUCUGAAACUAGACGCAAAUGAUUUGGAAAUUAAGCUUGAUGCAAUUUUGAAGGCUUCAUCAGAGGCUAUAGCGGCGAAGGCUCUGACGGAGCUGAGCACGUUCUCUAAAGUUAAGUACGACCACAGUAAAAUAGAUUCCGCCAUCCAGCCCGGUUUGGAUCGGAAAAUCGAGAUUAGCAAUCAAGAUGAUAAGUUGCUUAUGCCACAUAGCGUAUAUCCAAGUUUAUUCAAAUCAAUUAAUAUAAAAAGCGAUCAAAAAAAUCUAAUGCCUGGAUCCUCACAACACAGUCAGUUUGAUUCAAAACUGCGAAAGGACUCGGAAAUCGAGAAAUAUGAAAAUUUGCAGCAGCAGCUUGAAACAGCUGCUGUUCUAAUGGAUAUAAGCAAAAAGAUUGUAAUUUCCCCUCCAUGCUCGAAUCCUCAAUCUCCGUGUUUUUCUGCAGCUGUAGAUACAAGUAUUAAAAGUUCUGUGAUAAAAUCAAAACGUCCAUUAAACCAAAAUGAAAUUCAGGACGGAGUUGAAAUUGACUUAUCCGUCAAAAAACAAAAGAACGAUUACUCUAAUCAACGGAACUCGGCCCCAAUACACAAUUUUUGCCAAACUCCAAUGCUUGAUAUUCAGUCACACUUAAGAAGUGAAGAGGAUUUUCAAAACUACAGUAUUACCAUUAACCAAGUUGGUGGGUCCGACUACAAAUCGAAGGCUCCAAAGCCCAGCACCGGCUCCUUACUAGACUCUGGCGACAGCUCCGAUUCUCACAAACUGGAGAUGGACAUCACCUCCUCCAUUAACGAUAGAAAGACCCCGGAUAGCCUUAGCUCGGAUCACGCGACGGAUGCGGCCACUACUCAGCUCUGGCAGGCACUGGCCCGAUCAGCCGCUAAAAGCAAAGAGGAAAAUCAGGCAACACAAAUAAUCCGUAGCAUGAUGAGCCAGUCUUUUGUGUUUCCGGUUCCGUCGACAGUAUCAUUUACAAAAGUACCUGAAGAACCCAUAGCACUAUUAAAGGAUCUAUCAGAGGCUCAAUCCAGCAAAUCAAAACCAUGUAGAAGAAAACAAAGUUUUCCUACCAAAACUGAUUGCAUCGAUGUAGUUAAUGAGAAUGUGACUGAUACUUAUACCACUUCAGAAGCAGCUCCGGAGGAAAAGAAAGAUAAAAGGAACAUUAACCUUUUUAAUGCCAUACCUGGUGCUCAAAAAGAUAUGUCAUGUUCGAAUUGUGGCACCCUCACCACAACAAUUUGGAGACGAAGUGUUCGAGGAGAAAUGGUUUGCAACGCCUGUGGAUUGUAUUUCAAGCUGCAUGGGGUCAACAGGCCGCAUUCAAUGAGACGCGAUACCAUACACACCAGACGCAGGCGUCCUAAAGAAUUGGAGCGAUCUAAAAAAAAACACAAGCAAAUGUCAGCAUGUUCUUCAAUGGAACCAACGAAACCAGAAUUCUUGACGUCUAGGGAACCCCUUGAUAUUUCUGGCUUGGUUUUAACUAAAUACAAAAAGGAAAUUGAUGACUCAGAAACCGCAGCAGCACUUAAAGAUAUUUUAUUAAGGCGGAAGAAGUCAAAUUCUAUGCCGGCGUUUAAUGAUACCUGUGAAAGUGCGGACCUAUCCGCACCGCUUAACCUUGUUUCCAGUGAAAAUAAUGCAAAGUUAACAUAAAACGCCAAAUAUAUUCCCCUACUCACUUUUCGAAAAACAAA